AUGGAGACAAGACCCCACGGCUCAGUGCUGCUGCUGAUCUGUCUCACCAUUGGAGGGCCAUUCACCAGAGCUGGACAAGUCAUCCAAGUCAAGGAAGGACAAGAUCUACAAUUCAACUGUUACUUUCAGGAAGACUCGUUCGUAAGGAUAUUCUGUAAAAAUCAUUGUGAGGAGUCGGGCGAACAUUUGAUAAGAACUUACUCCUUCGAAGACUGGGCCAGCGAGGGCAGAUACCGGCUGGAGUGGGAGAAGGAGUCUUCAUCCCACUAUGUGAUGCGGGUUUUCAUCCAAAACAUGCAAAAGUCUGACACUGGGUCCUACAGCUGUUUACUGUACGACUGGACAAUGGACAUGACAGUUCCUGUUCCUACAAUCAGGGAUGUCGAGAUUUAUGUCAUCAGUGCUGAUAGUUCUGGAUCUGAUGCAGUGAUUUUGAAGCCCUCCAGUGAAUCCAAACAGGGCUCAAAAGUCCUCCCUCCAGAGAACGUAGAAUUGCUCUGGGCUGGACUCUACCCUGAGCUGUCCUGGACUCCUCCCACAGACUCUGAGGAAAACUGCUCCUACUCCGCCUCCUUCACCGUCAGAGACGGAAAUACUGAACAUCAUCAGGACCUGGGUUCGUCUCCUUUUCAAGUAAAGCGCCCUCUAAACGGAGGUUUCCUAAACGUCUCGAUCCAAACUGUUUGUGGCGACAGAGAGAGCGCUCCGGCCUUUGUCUUCUUCCAUGAUCCAGAUUUACCGUUGUCUUGUUUGCGGAAGUCCAGGAAAAUCAUCCACUGCUCCUGGAAGUCAGACCCCUCUGCACACAUUAGACUCUUCUACAGUUUCCCAGUGUCUGACGAUGACAUGGCUCCGUUACGAGAGUGUCCGGACUACAACGAGCAGAACGAGUGUGAGCUGCCUCAGGAGAGACUGAACGAGCAGCUCAACGUGAUCCUGAACGGGACGUACAACAACAGGACCGUGACCAACAACCACGAGAUCAUCAACCUCAAAUGGGUUCUCUCUCCUCUGACCUGGAACAUCACAGCCUCCUCAGACCAGUUUGUCAUCAGCUGGAGGCCUCCUUCAGGGUUCGACCGUUUCUCCUGGAAAUACUUCCUCAGAUUCACGGCCUGUGCAGACACUGAGGAAAUCGAAGUGUCAGGCUUGUCCAUGACUCUGCGGCGGAGUCCUGAGUGUGCGUACAGCAUUUCCAUGAGAGCAAUCCGAGACCAGAAGGACAACGGAUGGACCGAGUGGACUCCGGAAGAAGCCUUUGAGGCCGUCUCCAGCUUUAACCCCAUGGUGUUGGCGACGGUUCUGGUCCCGCUGGUCCUCAUGGUGCUGGUGGUUCUGUUCUUGGCCUGGUGCAUCAGGAACAAGAAGAGGGUUUUCCCCAAAGUGCCGCAGCCAAAUCCAGAACUGUUUAAAGAUAUUUUAAACAAUAACAACAAGAUGCACAUGCCGGACUUUUAUUUACCAAAGGUGGAUGAGGAAUGUCAGGUGACUCUGGUGGAUCCCGGUCUGAUCAAGUCUCAGCUUUAG